UUGAUUUAUGGUUCAGAGUUGCGGGGUUAUGUUCGACUGUAAUUUGGACUGUAAUUUGAAGACGGUUAACAAAGUGAUUUUGACUAGAAAAUCCCUACUAUUCUAAAGUGUAUAGAAACAGUUUAAGGAAGUAGGUUAUGUCGGAAAGACAAACGAAUUUCUCAGAACUCGACUAAUCUUUCAAAAUAAUUAGAAACUGUAGCUAAACUAUGGAUGAUUCAGACACCACAGCAAUUCUGCCAGAUGAUACUCUAUCAUAUCGGAACGAUGAAACCUCGGGUAAGGACUCAUUUAACCACCACGACGAGGCUGAAGAAGAAAAGAGUAGCCCAAGACCGCCGUUCGCUUGCCCCCUUUCAGUUUCCGUAGAGCCAGUGUUAUUUCUCUCCAUGUUUUCGCUGGCGCUGCAGAUGCCACUGUCUACGCAGUACUUGUGGGACCGCAUAAGUGAAGACCUUGGUUACAAUGGCUCCAAGGCAGAGGGAUGUGGCAACACGUCUAGAAUCCCUGAUCCACUUGAAAAGGAAGUGGAGACCAUGACUGCUCACUGGAACCUUUACAUCAACCUGGGGGGGUUUACUGUGGGGCUGUUUGUGGUGACAUUACUGGGCUCCUGGAGUGACCUCAGAGGGCGCAGGCCGGUCCUCAUCCUACCCAGCUUGGGAAUGGCCCUCCAGGCCUCCAUCUACUUGCUGGUGAUGUACCUAAAGCUGCCUGUGGCCUGGUUCCUCUUGGGCAGACUGCUCAGUGGCCUCUCAGGGGACUUCAACACCCUCCUGGCUGGCUGCUUUGCUUACGUGGCUGACACCAGUGACCGAGGCUCCCGCACUUUUAGAGUGGCAGUGUUGGAGGCGUGCCUGGGCUUAGCAGGCAUGCUGGCCAGCAUCAUCGGAGGGCAGUGGCGGAAAGCACAAGGAUACAUAAACCCUUUCUGGCUAGUCCUGGCCACCAACCUGGCUUCUGCUCUGUACGCCUACCUGUUUGUCCCAGAGUCUGUGACUCCUGACUCCAGUGCUAAACUCUUCACCCCACGUCACCACCGGGCAGUGUACUGCCUCUUCUCCAUUGAGGGAAGCACAAACCAGAUUGAUGGAAAGUUCCAUCGCUACAAGUUGUGGCUCUACACUCUAUGUUUCUUCAUAGUAGUGACUGUGCACUUUGGCAGCAGGGAGCUGUUUGUGCUGUAUGAGCUGAGUGCUCCUCUGUGCUGGGGCCCUGGUCUGAUAGGAUAUGGAUCUGCAGCCCUGCACCUGACCUACCUGAGCAGCCUUCUGGGGUUAAAGGUCAUGCAACGCUGCCUGGAGGACACAUGGAUAGCCAUGGUGGGUCUGGCAUCCAAUAUAGCUGGCCUGGUGGUCAUCUCAGUGGCAAACACUACGGUCCUCAUGUUCACAGGGUAUGGGGUAUGUUGUCUUGCCAUGGCAUCCACUCCAGUCCUCAGGUCAAAGUUGUCAAAGUUGGUGGGCCCUUCAGAACAAGGGGCCCUGUUUGCCUCUGUGGCCUGUGUGGAGGAGCUGUGUUCUCUUGUGGCCAGUGGUGUCUUCAACUCUCUCUACCCAGCCACCCUGCACCUCAUGAAGGGCUUCCCUUUCCUCUUCGCUGCCAUCCUCCUCCUCAUCCCAGCAGGGAUCAUGGGGAUACUGGAGUUCCAGAGUCAAAGAAGAGACACAAGAGAUGAUUCAACAACAUCCUGACAGUGAAAAAUCAAGGAAUCAAGGACACAUCAAAGAGAAAGGAAACCUAUCUUUUUAUGGCUUGCAACUGUCGUUUCACUAAAGUAGCUCUUGGAAAGUCAGCAGACAGUUAUUAGAUUGCACAAAGGGGGGAUUCUUUAGCAGUGAAAACCAAAGACCCCAAACCCAUUGACUGACAUUACAUACAUUGACUGAAACAGUACUGUAGAUCUUGUAAUGUGAGACAGAGAUUGUAUGCCUUUUUUUACACAUUUAUUUUAUCUCAAAUCCCAAUGUAAUGUGCACUGACAGGCAAAUACAGAGGCAGUACUUUCUAAUCAAUCAUAAUGCAAUUUUCACUCACAUCCUGUUUUACUUGUUUAAAAUCAGAAAGUGCUGACUGAGCUCUAACAGUGAACUGAUAUAGAAACCGAGGGAUAAAGAAAAAAGUCAUUUGUUAGGGAUGACUGAUUAAAUGUCAAGUAAUGAAACUGAUAUUUCUAAAUUGUGGUAGCAUUUACAGCACAGGGAAUCACUUACAGGUGAUGACCACACUUCCCAUUGACAAAAAAAUCUGGCUCAGGCUUUUAUCUUGUAAAAAAUACUCAAUAUCCCAAAACAAGCGUUAAAAAAACUCCAACAAAUGUGAAAUUUAAUAAUGCAGUCAUGAUAUUGCAAGGUUAGUGAAUAGAUCAACCUCUGUCAAACAUGUCCAGACGCAACCAUUAAUAUUACUGGGCAUAUGGCCUUUCAUUGGCUUUCUGCUGCAGUCUGGGAUUACUAAAUUACAAUGCUGCCCAUACCAUCCACAACACUGAUGGUCCCUCUGAAACUCCCUGAUGUACCCUUAUCGAACUACAUGACAACCCAGGAGCACAAGGCCACAGCAAACACACACUCUUUCACACACACCAGGUCAGGCCACAGUAUCAGAAGGAACGGGAUCUUCCAUAACUGGUUUAAAUGGCUCAAGGGGAGAGGAUAGGUUAACAAUGGCAGCAACACUGUCACACAGUAUUUUUUUACAUACAUAAUGUUCCUGGAUUGGUGACAGAAAAUCAAGCGAGAAACUUUUCAGGAUCUAACCUCCUGGCCUGGAUUUUCCUGUGCAGUAUACAUUUUGUAAUUUUUUCAUGCAAGUGCAAUUAAUUUAUAGUUACCUGAUAAAGUAUUGAAAUUGUUUAUAUAUUUUCAACAAUUGACUUUUAAAGUAUUUUUGCUGAACUGUGAACAAUUAUGAAAAUAAUCAUGCAUAUGAGAUCGAGAAUGUGAUUUACUGUCCUUAAUGUAAUUUAUUGCACUACAAAUAGAAUACUCAGGGUUAAUUUAGUUUCUCACGUGUCUUCAAAUGAUUGCAAACAAUAUAAUCAUUAUUUGAUU